CCUUCUACAAUGAACUACACCCACACCAGAAAAUCAUAUUUCUUUCUCCUUUGUAACAAACUCUCUUCUCACCCAUCCCAUACUCUCUCUCUCUCUCUCUUUAUAUACUGACGUGAUUCAGAAACACAGUUGUUCAAGAACCAUGCCUGAGGCACCAAAAUCAGCUGAAUACAGUGUUGUUGCAGAAAACAACAAGAAAGUUCUUCAGUUCAUUGAAGAGGUGACAACCAACGCCGAUGAGGUCCAAAAGAGAGUUCUUGCCGAAAUUCUGUCUCAAAAUGCCCAUGUUGAAUACUUGCAUCGCCAUGAUCUUAAUGGUCAUACUGACCGAGACACCUUCAAGAAAACCAUGCCUGUUAUCACCUACGAGGAUAUUCAGUCUGAUAUCACUCGUAUUGCCAAUGGUGAUAAAUCUCCGAUCCUCUGCUCUCAACCCAUCUCUGAGUUCCUGACAAGUUCCGGGACAUCCGGAGGGGAAAGGAAACUGAUGCCAACCAUUGAGGAAGAACUUGAGAGGAGAUCAAAGCUCUACAGCCUUCUAAUGCCUGUGAUGAGCCAAUUUGUUCCAGACCUUGAAAAAGGCAAAGGAAUGUACUUUUUGUUCAUAAAAUCUGAGGCUAAGACACCAGGGGGAUUACCAGCUCGUCCUGUAUUAACAAGUUAUUACAAGAGUCCCCAUUUCAAGAACAGGCGUCCUGACCCUUACACAAACUAUACCAGCCCAAAUGAAACCAUUCUCUGUUCAGAUUCUUACCAAAGUAUGUAUUCCCAAAUGCUUUGUGGCCUCUGCCAAAACAAAGAUGUCCUCCGUGUUGGGGCUGUGUUUGCCUCAGGCUUUAUCCGUGCUAUCCGAUUCUUGGAGAAGCACUGGCCUCUUCUUUGUCACGAUAUUAGAACUGGAACCAUUAACUCCCAAAUUACUGAUCCUUCAGUGAGAGAGGCAGUGAUGAAAAUCCUUAAACCUGAUAAUAAGUUAGCUGAUUUUAUUGAGGUUGAAUGCAGCAAAAAUUCAUGGCAAGGGAUUAUCACUAGGUUGUGGCCUAAUACUAAGUAUAUUGAUGUUAUUGUGACUGGAACUAUGUCACAAUAUAUACCCACUCUUGAUUACUACAGCAAUGGCCUCCCUCUUGUCUGCACCAUGUAUGCUUCCUCGGAAUGCUACUUUGGUGUCAACCUUAAUCCCCUUUGCAAGCCCAGUGAAGUUGCUUACACACUUAUUCCAACCAUGGGUUAUUUUGAGUUCUUGCCUGUUCAUAGAAAUAAUGGUGUCACUAAUUCAAUCUCUAUGCCUAAAUCACUUAAUGAGAAAGAACAACAAGAAUUGGUCGAUUUAGUUGAUGUCAAGAUUGGCCAGGAGUACGAGCUUGUUGUCACCACAUAUGCUGGACUCUACAGGUAUAGGGUGGGUGAUGUGCUUCGGGUUGCUGGAUUUAAGAACAACGCUCCUCAAUUCAACUUUAUCUGCCGGAAAAAUGUGGUGUUAAGCAUUGAUUCAGACAAGACAGAUGAAGUAGAGCUACAAAAUGCGGUCAAAAAUGCAGUGAGCCAUCUGAUGCCAUUUGAUGCACAUGUGACCGAGUACACUAGCUACGCUGAUACAAGCACAAUUCCAGGGCACUAUGUCCUAUUCUGGGAGCUGAAUGUCAAUGGCUCAACCCCAGUUCCUCCAUCAGUCUUUGAAGAUUGUUGUCUCACUAUUGAGGAGUCCCUUAACAGCGUUUACCGCCAGGGUCGUGCAUCAGACAAAUCCAUUGGCCCAUUGGAAAUCAAGAUUGUGGAAAGUGGUACUUUUGACAAGCUUAUGGACUAUGCCAUUAGUUUAGGUGCUUCAAUAAACCAGUACAAGACACCGCGGUGCGUCAAAUUUGCACCCAUUGUUGAGCUUUUGAAUUCAAGAGUGGUGUCUAGCUACUUCAGCCCCAAAUGCCCAAAAUGGGUUCCUGGCCUCAAGCAAUGGAAUAACAUGAACUGAAUGGCUAAGCCUCGGAUUUCUCUGCUAGGAACGGAAUGCGCUGAGGAUCAUUUUAGUACUAAGAUCAUCCUGCUUAGGUUGACCCAAACCAUUUUUAUGGGGUUUUUUACUUUUUAAGUAAAUUCGGUAUUAAGGCUUUGUAGAAUUUAACUUGUCCUUCAUUAUGGUAGAAACUUGAAAUUAGCCAUGUACAAAAACAGCAGUUCCCUAUUUUAAAAAAGCUUCUACCUUUUGUUAAA